CUCCACAUCACCUUCUCGCAACCUCACAACGCGAACUGUGUACACACAUCUGCACCAUGCGUACUCUCCCUCCAAAGUCGAAACGAACAUGUCCACCUUCGACGGCAACGUCGCCGAGUUCCCUGACAUCCGCAUCGACUACUUCCGCCCAGCAAGUGGCAACGCCAAACCCGCCCUCGCCUACUUCCUCAGCCACGUGCACUCCGACCACCUCCUAGGCCUCGAAGCAUGCAAGUCGCCCUUCAUCUACUGCUCCGCAGCAACGCGGGACAUCCUGCUCCGCCUGGAGAAGUACCCUCACCGGAUGAACUUUGCCAAGGGCAUUCUGGAAACGCGCAAGCAGACGUAUCGGCAUUUGAAGAACUUGCUGAAAGCCAUUCCGCUUGAGACGCCGACUGUGCUGGAGCUGUGUCCUGGGAGGGAGAUCAAGGUCACGUUGUUCGAUGCUAACCAUUGCGUUGGAGCGGUUAUGUUUCUCGUCGAGGGCGAUGGCAAGGCUGUGCUUUAUACUGGGGACAUUCGUUCGGAAAUGUGGUGGGUUAAUUCUUUGACAAGAAACCCGAUUAUGUUGCCGUAUGUUGCUUCCGAGACCAUGGAUGCGCAAAAGAAACUGGAUUGCAUCUAUCUUGACACCACGUUUGUGGUUAACGGAAGGGAGGCGCCUUUUGCAGAGUUCCCUUCGAAGGCGGACGGGCUACGAGAGCUAUUAGGAAAGGUCGCUCAGUACCCGACGGACACCCUCUUCUAUCUCGAUGCGUGGACUUUUGGGUACGAGGAUGUGUGGCAGGCGGUGUCCCAUUUUCUCGGCUCACGCAUCCACGUCGACGACUACCGAUACGGCUUGUACCGGUCGUUGAUCAAUGGCGUCGAACCGAAAGCACCGGAAGCUGUCAAAUUGAUUGGCUCCCGUUGUGGCAACCACUUUCAAGAAGGAAUUUUGACUCCUUCGACCAAGGGGUGUCGUAUCCACAGCUGUGAACAGGGGACGGGAUGCGAUAUAUGGAGCAAAGAUUUCGUCCGCAUCACCCCAAUCGUUACACGACACAACAACGUAGAGCUCGUUGAGAUGGGUGCAGGCGGAGGUCAAGGUGAUCUAAACCAACAGCACGAACUCGAGUUCGACGAUCCCCAAAUCGUUGGCAAGCUCAUGGCACUCUGUGCCUCUGAACUGCGAGAACAGCCACAGCUACUUUCAGGAGUUUUACAACUACUCGCUGCUUUCAUCAACAAUCCAACGACGCCAUCGUUGAAACUCGACGGCUUCAACCUCGGCGCAAACCAAGAGGAUUUGACGACUGGCGAUCUUACUCUGGCCGACUCGGACGAUCUACCUUUGGAGAAGGUGGUGUCUGUAUUGUCGAGAAUUGUCACCAAGAUGAAGAAGGGGGAUGCCAUCGGCGCGGUUGAUACCAACAAGCGACCAGAUGGGCUUCCGAAACGAAUCACUUUCCCGUACUCACGACACGCCUCACACGCGGAAUUGUGUUAUCUGGUCGAAGCUUUCAAACCCCGAGAGAUACAUCCUUGUACCGUUGAUGAAAAGAACUGGAAUGCCGCAUGCUCAAUGGCUUCGCUUUUCGGUCAUCUCUACGAUGGGGUUCCAGUUUUCCGGCAUGAUCAACAGAUGCUCCAGAGGAAGGAUUUGGUCUCAGAGGAAGGCAGGACUCACCCGGGACUUACGUCCUCGGCAAGUCCUGCAAGCGAGUAUGCAACGCCUCGAGCUGGGCGUGCAGGUGAGCAAGGCGAUGGUGGCGAAAUUCCCCGGCCCAUUGAGAUGAAUGUCCUCGAGGCCGCUGCUGGGAGAAAGCUUCCGAACGAGCAACAAGAUAUGGUCAAUGACCGAGAUACUGGGCCUUCCAUCCACUCUGGCUUGGAGAAAGACUGCCGUGCACCUCCUUCCACAAAGAAGAGAAAAUCGAGGGAAUGCUCUGGUACCCGUGCGGAAGGCGAGGCUGAGGAGGACGGCAGCUCGCCUGUACACACUCCUCAGGCGAAGAGACGAGAAGUCUCGGAACUCGACCCUACAGACCACGACCCUGAGAAGGACAGACAGUCAAUUCAACCCGAUCCAGAUGCGAUUCACAUGAGCUCGCCCACCUCUGACGAAAUACCCACCUCCAGACUAGGCUCAUCGCCAGCGAAUGCUCGGCUGGCUUUCCGACAGGAAGUGUACAAUGCUGUAUUGGGCAUCGGGGGAAGCACUUGGUCUGACAUUGGACUUAUUAGUACCCGUCGGCAUCGUGACGGAGAGGAAGAAUUAUGAAUCACGACUUGUACGAAAUUGAAUACGAAUAGAUGUCCAGCAAGUGGGAUGACGACAGUGGGGCCUGUUCCCUGCCAGUCGCCAGCCAAGUUUCAAG